AGCUCAGCGUUUCCACAACAGUAAGAUUACACAUCGCAGACCUUGAGGUUCAGUUAUCCACGAGCAGUUCUACUUGCUACACGAUUAUUGCUCCCGUUCAGAAUAAUUGUUACUGAAGCGCUCAGUUCUCGUGUGUUUGACUAUUGAUUUUGGUUUACGAUCAGUAUAAUUUGAGUUAUAAAAUGUUGAAGAUCGGGUUCUGUGGAGCCGGUAAAAUGGCUCAAGCUUUGGUGAAGGGGUUUAUAGGAGCCGGAUUGACCAAGGCAGAGUUGGUUUUGGCCAGUUGUCUCCCAAACGACACUGACAGCAUAAAAGCCUUCCAGGAUAUUGGCGCGCGAGCUAUCUUCGAAAACCGGACGAUCGCUGAACACGGUGAUGUUCUGAUUCUUGCGGUGAAGCCACAGGUUGCCCCUGCGGUACUUUCAGAGUUGAAGAACAGCCCGCGGAAGCUAACGCUCUCAAUCGCGAUGGGUGUGUCUUUGGCUGCCCUAGAAAAGGCUCUGCCGUCGGGUACCCCGGUCAUCAGGGUGAUGCCGAAUACGCCAGCGCUCGUGGGUUGCGGUGCAACGGUAUAUGCACGCGGUUCUAACGUGGGCGACGAGGAUGUCGCGAUAGCGAAACGGCUCUUCUCCAGUGUUGGAGUAUGCGAGGAGGUGACGGAGACUAUGAUCGAUCCUGUCACAGCUUUAGCCGGUUCCGGUCCCGCUUACGUCUACAUGAUGAUUGAAGCCUUGGCCGACGGAGGGGUGAAAAUGGGCCUCACCAGGCCCUUGGCUUACAAAUUAGCAGCGCAAACAGUUCUGGGAGCAGCGACAAUGGUUCGGGACACGGAUGAACACCCGGGGAAGCUGAAAGACGACGUAGCAUCCCCAGCAGGUUCAACAAUCACGGCAAUCCACUACCUUGAGCGACAUGGUUUGAGGUCUGCCCUCAUUGGCGCUGUUGAAGCUGCUACUGAGCGCUGUAGAGAGGUGACCGCGGCUGCUAAACCGAAUUAAAGCGUUCGUAAAGGAUGAAUGCAGAACGUGAAUUGAGCAAAACGCCCGUUUUUUGUUCAGGAAAUCGUUCAUCGCAUUAGUCAGAAUAUUCGAGGGUCUUGAAGCUCCUACUUAUUAUAGGCCGCGACGAACAUUCGCUUGAAAUUGCAAUUAUUAUUUAUACUGCAGUAGGACAGUGACUUCAGAAGGGUGGGGCUUUUGCAAGCGUUCUCGACUGCCAUAAGGGACCGUUGGUGUGAUGACAUAGUAGAGGUUAACGAAUGAGUGUUAGACACGGUUCAAAUUAUUGUUUAAUUGUGCAGUGUGAGCAGGUCAUGUACGUAGUACUUAAGAGGGCAUAAUUGUUGCUAAAGAAAUUAUAAUGAUUGACAUGGUGGUUAUAGAAUAAACUAUU